GCACCGUCCCGGCCACCGCCCCUCGCGGUCACAUGGGCGGGGCGGGCGGUUGGGCCGGAGAGGGAGCAGGAGCGGCCGCCGGAGCGGGUAGAGGGGCGAGCGUCGGGCCUCCUGCAGCCGCCGCCAGCAUGGACGAAGAGGGCGGCGGAGGCGGCGUACCUGAUGACCUCUCCAUGGAAGAAAGAGAAGAGCUUUUGAAUAUUCGUCGCAGGAAAAAAGAACUGAUUGAUGAUAUUGAGAGAUUAAAGUUUGAAAUUGCUGAGGUCAUGACAGAAAUUGAUAAUCUGACUAGUGUAGAAGAAAGCAAAACUACACAAAGAAAUAAGCAAAUAGCCAUGGGAAGGAAGAAAUUCAACAUGGACCCUAAGAAGGGAAUACAGUUUCUGAUAGAAAAUGACCUCCUGCAAAACACUGCAGAAGACAUUGCACAGUUCCUUUAUAAAGGAGAAGGAUUAAAUAAAACGGUAAUUGGAGAUUACCUUGGUGAAAGAGAUGAAUUUAAUAUUAAAGUUCUUCAGGCUUUUGUUGAACUCCAUGAGUUCGCUGAUCUCAAUCUUGUACAAGCCUUAAGGCAGUUUCUGUGGAGCUUCAGACUCCCAGGAGAGGCUCAAAAAAUUGAUCGCAUGAUGGAAGCUUUUGCUUCACGCUAUUGCCUUUGUAACCCAGGAGUCUUCCAGUCUACAGAUACAUGCUAUGUGCUUUCAUUUGCGAUCAUCAUGUUGAAUACCAGUCUGCACAACCACAAUGUAAGAGAUAAACCAACAGUAGAGAGGUUUAUUUCUAUGAAUCGUGGAAUUAAUGAAGGUGGAGACCUUCCAGAAGAAUUACUACGGAAUUUAUAUGAAAGUAUUAAGAAUGAGCCGUUUAAAAUUCCAGAGGAUGAUGGGAAUGAUCUAACGCAUACAUUUUUUAAUCCAGAUAGAGAAGGUUGGCUGCUGAAAUUAGGGGGAAGAGUGAAAACAUGGAAACGGAGAUGGUUUAUUCUGACCGAUAACUGCCUGUAUUACUUUGAAUACACAACAGACAAAGAGCCUAGAGGAAUUAUUCCAUUAGAAAAUCUUAGUAUAAGAGAAGUUGAAGACCCUAGGAAACCAAACUGCUUUGAGCUUUAUAACCCCAGUCAUAAAGGUCAAGUAAUUAAAGCGUGUAAAACAGAAGCUGAUGGUCGAGUGGUGGAAGGCAACCAUGUAGUGUACAGAAUAUCUGCUCCCACCCCAGAAGAAAAGGAAGAGUGGAUUAAAUCUAUCAAAGCAAGUAUCAGCAGGGAUCCCUUUUAUGACAUGCUGGCAACAAGGAAACGAAGAAUUGCGAAUAAGAAAUAGAACAUGUUCAGCAACUUGUAUACCUGCAUCAAGCUAUACAUGAGAAUAGAGUGGAGUGAUAAUGUAAAACUAAAUGAAGACAAUAACUGUAAAUUUUAUAUAUGUAUACACUUUACUAGGAGGUAAAACUUGGCAAAACCUUUCAGGGAGUAACAGUUAUUGGCAUAUAAUUUGAAGGAAGCUUCAAAUCCCAGUGGAUGUUUAUAUUGGACCUUAAUUCAACUGAAAACAUGGAAGCCUUGUUUUCACUUAUUAGUGUUAACUCCAGUUUACUUGGGGGGGGGGGGGAAGGAAUUUGAGCUAAUAGUAAAAUGUCCUCUACCUGUUAUUUGAGCACACUUCCCCUAAAAGGAGGAGUGAUUAUAAGACUUUCAUUUCUCACUAAAAUGCAGCACCAAAAGUGGGUACAGUGCGAUCUAGCCUUUAGGGUUUUUUUUAUAAGCAGAAAACCCACAAUCUCAAUAUAAUCUUCAAGUCUUGUGUGUUUCGCAGUGGAUGAACAGCUGAGUGAAGCUUUCAUUUAAGAUUUGCUUUCCUGUCUUUAUGGAAAUAGCUUUUCUUCUUCCUCAGAGAUGCAGCUCUGUUCUAGACUGACAGCUACGUAGUUAACUAGUUGUGCCAAAAGGUUUGGUUGGUAUGCACUGAAAUAGAGGCAGGUCCCAACAGCAAAGGUUUGAGUCUGUCGACAUGACACUAACUACAGAUGCGGUUUGAUAUUUGCCAGUAAGCUAAAACUCAUUCCCGUCUGCUCAUACACUUACAAUAAGCAGUAAGAUUUAAUGACUGGUUUAAUCUGCUUUUUUAUGUAGUAAAAUCUUUUUUAUGUUUCAGAUAUGUUCUAGUUUAAUUGACACUAAGUAAGUUAUUACUAAAAGAGUAAGAUGACAGGGUUUGCACAAGUUGAGGCUUUGCGUGUGAAAACACCUCCAAACAAUUUCACGUUUCCUGUUUGUAAAGGGAAAAAACAGGAAGGUGAAAUCUUGCUGUAAGGUACAGCCCUGGAUAGUUAACGCUAUCAGGAUUUCUGUUGCUUAAUAACAAACUUUGGACAUACAGAAAAGUUCAGUAUUUUUAUUCCAUUCUUCAAGGCGUUUUUUCAGAUCUGUGCUUCAGCAGUUGAAAUUGAGGAAAUGAUUAAACAUCCUUAUUUUAACUUAACGUCUUACAUCUUAGUGAACCCCCCCCACAAGCACGUGUCUCCUUUAUUUUAUAGUUUAUGGAAGAUCUCGCUGUGGUUGUACUUAUCGUCAUGGAACUUUCAGGAACAUGUCAGCUGCUAUGGCAAAUGUUACCACAGUGCUUUUCUUAAAGUAAAGCCCCUAAUUCCAAAAGGGGAGCAAAAAAGUUGUUUAUUUGGACCCUACUUCUUCUGUCAGUACUCAGUUUUUCCCAAACUUGUUAAACCUGAGCCAUGCCUACAGUGCCAAUGAAUGCUUAGGAGACCAAAUAUUUUGUCAAAGCAGCUUUGCUUGUUGGAGUUUCAGAAGCAUCUCUGGAUAUGUUCUAGGGAACUGCACUGCACUGGCAAAACCACAGACUUAGGAAGUUCAUCUGUUUCAAAUCUCCUUUUAACUGGAAGGGAGAGUCUGUUUCAUUGUUCCUGUCUUGCUAAUUUGCCUUCUUUUGCAUGCGGUGUCAGCAUGUGAAUGUUUUGCUUUAGUGCAUGUUUGCCAAAAAGACAGAGAGGAAAAGAACCAAGUAAAUUUUUCUAUACCUUAGAGUUUUCCCAGAGUGUGUGGCAUCGCAGUCUACUUGGAUGAAUGUUCAAAUCUAAGUAAAACUCAACCAAAGGAGGUACAAUCCUAGAACAAGUAUCAGUGUGGGGACAUCUUUGCUUCAUGGAACACAUUUAAACUCUUCAUAGAAAUUAAUUACAUUGCAUGUCCUGUGUUUGCAAAGCAGCAUGGUUAGAGAUACGCUGACAUCACUUGGUUUGAGUCAUCUGUUCCGCAACUUGAAAUUCUGUUUUCAAGCAAUGUAUACAUCAGUCUUAGCUUUGGACAAGUAGGUUUGCAGUGGAACUAGUGAUAAGCCAAAAUCAGUGGUACUAAUGAGUAUAAAGGUGAAAAGCAGAAAAUAAAGUAUUUCUGGAGAAAUGUGAGCUCACAGAAGCAUUAAUAAGCCCUGAAGCACUUUUUGCAUCAGUUCUUAUUUUCUGAAAUAUCACCUUCAAGAAAAUCUAUUUAUUUAACCAGGUGAGGAUGUCUGCCUAUAGCAUGAAGGAAAUGCCUUGAGAGUUCAUUUGUUGUAUUUAGUUUGAAGUUCUUACAUCGGGCAGAAAUAAUUAUUUAGAGUAACAUGUAACCGAGGAUAUUAUAGGACAAAAUAUAUUAUUUCUUAGCAUUAAAAUGCAACAUCUUAAGCAGCUGUUUGUGGUGCUUGAUAUAUCUAUUUAAUUCACCAAAGCUAAUGGAAUAGCAUUCUUGUGUGUGAUAAUAUUUGAUUUCCAAUGUUCUUUGUAACAGUAUUAACAGGGAGUGAAACUGGCCCAAAAUUUCCACUGGCCACGAGGCCAGUAAAACAAAGUGGCUUGUGAAAAUUUUGGCCAAAUCAGGUACUGUCCAUGAGGGUGAAGAAAAAUCUCUCAACCUUUUCCUUCUUUAUUUGGCCUCAAGUACAGGGCUUGCUGCUUAAGAGUAGCUGCUCAGUGGCCUAAGGCAAUAUCUGUUACAGUUUGGCCAUGCUGAGGAAAGUCCUCUGGGGACAACAGACGUCUCCCUUCCUGUUGCACUGAAACUUGUGUAAUUCUCCAUCUCUUUCUUUUUAACAUUGCCCUUUACAACUCCAGGGACCAGCAAGAGCCGCUCCUGCUCCUGCCGCGCGCACGGCUUCGCUCAGUGCCUGAACCGUUUGGCCACUAACAUCAGCCACGUUGCCAGUGCAAUCCAGGGAGAGAACUGUGUAUAUAACUCUUAAGCUCAGCUGGACUGACUUAAAAUUUUGCAAUAUUCUAACAAAAUAAGCUGUACGCCACUUAACAUUUUGAACUGUUUUAAACUGGUACAAAACUGAACCUUUGUAAACUGAGCAGCAUUUAUAAUGCUUCAUAUAUAAACCCAGUGCAUAUUUUUACGAUUUAUUACAUAUCUGUGUAGAUAUGCUUGCUGGAAAAGCUAGGUCUGUUGUAGACCAAAUGCUACAAAUUAAGACUUGUGGCUUCCCAGUUUCAUUUCUAUAUUUUCUUGGAAAAUGUUUCUAGCUAGAGUUUAAAUAUAAAAUGUAAAUACUGUACAGAUAUGUAUUGAUAUAGGUAUUACUUCAUGUACACAAGUGAUUUGCAUGACAAAUACUCGGUAUCAAUCAUUGUUAAAAAUGUGACGUUCUGUGUAAAUCCACUGCAAUAUUAAUGUUUUCAUUUAUCACGUUACUUAAGUCUGGAGGUUUUCUCAAAAAUAAAGUGUCAAACUACACUGUUCUAUAGCUCCUCAUUUACCAAGAAUACAUGGGAGGUAAUUGCUGCUAUUCUUUAUAGAGAUUAAGGUUUGAUUUUACAGUAUGUGUUACAACUGCUCUUGUAAGGCAAAGGUCUGUUUUCCCUCCCUUUAGGCACACUCCAUUCAAAUGAUCAAGUUUAAAUUUUCAG